CGAGGCCCCGCCGCGGCGGUGGGGGGCGCUGCAGCUUCCGGAGCUUGGGCAGCUUGGACCUCCCCCUCGGCCCCGGCCGGGGCUGAGCAGAAAUUUGGAAGGCCAGGUUGUGCGACGUUAAGUGACAUGCCCUGGACGAGCAUGCUAGAUUGUUGUCAAAGCUGACUACAACCCAGCCUGACCCGGGUCCACCAAGAAGCUCCGUCUACUUUGGUGGGUACCCGUGGCCACUAGGCCACGAGGAAAGUUAAUUGACUCUGUCUUGGCAAGGUUGGGAGGAAAGUUCUAGCAAAGAACCCACGAACCUUAGAGACCAUGGAUGAAUAUGAUGUGAUUAAGGCCAUUGGGGAAGGUGCCUUCGGGAAAGCAUACUUGGCAAGAGGAAAGUCAGAUAACAAGCACUGUGUUAUAAAAGAGAUCAGUUUUGCAAAGAUGCCCGUCCAAGAAAAAGAAGCUUCAAAGAAAGAAGUCUUUCUUCUGGCAAAAAUGAAACAUCCCAACAUCGUAACCUUCUUCAGUUCAUUUCAAGAGAACAACAGUUUGUUUAUUGUGAUGGAGUAUUGCGAUGGAGGAGAUCUCAUGAAAAGGAUCAGUAGACAGCAGGGGGUGUUAUUUAGCGAAGAUCAGAUUCUUGCCUGGUUUGUACAGAUUUCUCUAGGACUAAAACAUAUCCAUGACAGGAAGAUCUUGCACAGGGACAUAAAAACACAGAACAUUUUUCUUAGCAAGAAUGGAACAGUUGCAAAGCUUGGAGACUUUGGCAUAGCAAGGGUCCUGAACAAUUCCAUGGAACUUGCUCGAACUUGUAUUGGAACACCUUACUAUCUAUCCCCAGAGAUCUGUCAGAAUAAACCCUACAAUAAUAAAACGGAUAUGUGGUCUCUUGGCUGUGUCUUAUAUGAGCUUUGUACACUCAAGCAUCCUUUUGAGAGUAACAACUUACACCAGCUGGUUCUGAAGAUUUGCCAAGCACAUUUUGCCCCAAUCUCUCCAAGGUUUUCUUGUGACCUACAGUCCUUGAUACAUCAGCUCUUUAAAGUAUCUCCCCGAGAUCGACCAUCCAUUAAUUCCAUUUUGAAAAGACCCUUUUUAGAGACUCUUAUUGCCAAAUACUUGGCUCCCGAGGUCCUGCAGGUAGAGUUCAAUACCACACUCACACGGAGAGCAAGACCUUCAGCUUUGCAGCCUUCCAGGAAGGGGGUCCUGGAUUCUAAAGUCCAUAAAGUGAGAUUCCAGGGAAAGAAUGCACCGAGAUCGAGGAUAUCAGUGCCAAUUAAAAGGAAGGAUAUAUCACACAGAAAUGAAGAGAAGCCCCCAGCUGGAGACCGAAAGCCUGUAUCUAUAAAAAUGGUGGAAAUGCCCAAACUUGCUGCAGUGUGUGGACAUUAUGAUUAUUAUUAUGCUCGACUUGACUUGUUGAGGAAGCGGGCCCAUGAGUCACAUUAUCAUUGCGCUCCUCAGAAAAACACCGGAGUUGAGGAGAAUUGUAAUGAUGAAGAAAGCCACAGUCCACCACUACCCCAAUGGGCUGCUGAGUACCUUCAGAGGAGAUUUGAAGCUCAACAAUAUAAACUGAAAGUGGAAAAGCAAUUGGGUCUUCGUCCAUCUUCUGCUGAGCCAAAUUGUAACCAAGGACAAGAGCUGAGAAAUAAGGGAAAAGAACCUAAACUUCAGGAGCUUCAGAUUCGGAGAAACUUAAUGAAGGAACAGGAAUAUUGGAGGCAGUUAGAGGAAAUUCGCCAGCAGUACCAUGAUGACAUGAAGGAAAUUAGAAAGAAGAUGGGGAGAGAACUGGAGGAGGACUCAAAGAUAGGUCACAAAACCUAUUUGGUGAAGAAGAGUGUCCUGCCCAUCCACCGAGAUGCACCUGAGGAAGAGCCACCUGUGCAGGAUAUUGAAAGAAACUUGAAAGAAAUUAGGCUUCAGAACCUGAAAAGUAAAAUUCCAGAACAGAAAUAUAAAGCUAAGAGAGGGGUAAAGUUUGAAAUUAAUUUAGACAAAUGUAUUUUCGAUGAAAACGCCCCUCAAGAGGAACAGGUGCUAAAUGAAACUUUGACCUUUGAGGACAGCACGAAGUUUCAGGAACACAUGUUUGUGAAGGAGCACGAAGACUACACCGACAGAGCAUUUGAGAAGCUCUUUUGCCUGGAAGCAGAGCCAUUAACCCAGGAGGCUGCUGCUACAGGAAAUAGGAGGCAGUGGGAGGCCAGGGCUCCCCAGACCCUGCUGCGAAAGAUGGCGGCAGCUGAACUCACCUCCACCUGCUCUACAGUGCCCGAUGAUGGCCAAGCUAUUGUGAUUGAAAGCGUCCCAGAAAGUAGGAAACGGUGGCAGCAGGAAGCACCAGGGACCCUAUUGAGGUGCUUGGCAGCAGCACAGCUCACAGGAAGCUCAUUCUCUGCAAAUGAAGGAGAAUUAGUGGGAACAUUGAAACAAUGGCCUCCUAAAGAAGACAAUGAGGGGAAGGUGGAAGGGGUUUCUGAUAUUGAUAUGGAAGAGGAGCAACUAGAACCUAGAUCAGAUGAUGAUGACACAAAUUUUGAAGAAUCUGGAGAUGAGUUGAGAGAUGAAGUAAUAGAAUCCCUAGAAAAACUCACUACAUCCAGUGAUGAAGAAAAAAGAGAAGAGGUUUCAUGUUCCUCUAAGGAUGCUGAUAAGUCGGGAGAAGGAGAAGGGACAAGCACUCAGAAAUCUGAUGACUUAAAUGAUGAUUUGGGGAACAACUCUGUUCCAUCUAAUGACAAAAUUUGUGAUGUUGAAGAAGACCAAGGAGCAUCAACAAUCAGUCAAAAUAUACAAGUGUGACUAUUGUAUUUUUUCUUAAAUAAUACAAUAAGUUAGUGUCUUUUAACUAUACUGUAAGUUUUGGUUAUAAUUCAUGGAAGAACACUCUUGUAUGAUAAGUAUUCAUUUUAUUGCAAGGGUUUUCCAGUAAUCUCAAGGACUUCUUAAAUUUUCUUUCAAUUUAUAGUACUGAGCCCAGAUAUUAAUAUAUAUUUUAAUGAAACAAUAUUUUUAUAGUCCAUAGUUGACAUUACAAUACAAAUUAAUAUUUUUACUCUAAAAUUUCUUUUAGGGAAUCUUUCAGGUAAUAUAUGUUGUAGACAGAUAAUAUAAUGAUAAUAAUGUCCCAAUCUCUGGAACAUGGAAAUAUUUAUGUUAUACAGCAAAGGGGAAUUAAAGAUACAAAUGGAAUUGAAGUUGCCAACCAGCUAGAUUACCCAGAUGGGCCUGAUGUAAUCACAAGAGUCCUUAGUGGAAGAGGUUGGUAGAAAAGAGAGAACUAGCAAGAGAGCAGCAAGAGAAGGACUUGGCCUGAUGUUGCUGGCUUUGCAGGUGGAGGAAGGGGACACAAGCCAAGGAACGCAGGCGGCUCCUAGAAGGCGAGGAAUCAGAUUUUCCCACAGACCCUCUGGAAAGGGACACAGCCCUGCCAGCACCUUGGUUUUAGCCUACUGAGGUCCAUUUCAGACUUCUGACCUCCAGAACUGUAAGAUAAUAAACUUGCUUUAUUUUGAUCCACUAAGUGUGUGACAGUUUGUAAUGACAGCAAUUCCACUGAGUGUGUUAAUUUGUUAUGACAGCAAUAGAAAAUUAUACAAUUUCAUAAACCUGUGAUUUUGAAAUUUUAAGUUAUAUUGAAAAUAGUUUUGUUGAAGCUGAUGUUGAGACAAGAAUAAGGCAAUUGAGCAAGGAGAGGAAUCAGGCAUGCCAUGUUCGUUAUACACUAAAUAAACAUUUUAUCGUGUUUAUCGAAUUAUUUUCUAUAUAUUUUCUGUAAGUUCUUAGUUUCAUCUGGUCUUUGUGUCUUUGGUGGUCUUUUUUAUAUAUAUAGUAGUUAGCUCUGUGCCAGAAAUGUUUCUUGUAUGAAUAAAUGAAUGCUCGCCCAAGAUCCUCACUAAGACUAUAAGUUCUUUGAGGCAUGAAACUGGACUUAAAUUUUUUGUACUGAUCAUAAUAAUCACCUCAGUUUUGAACAUGUGCCUAGAUAGAUAUUUGUUAAUGUAAACGCUAGGGGGGAUGUGUCUGCUGCCAGGAAGUACAGGGUGAUUAUA